GUGAAGUGUAUUUGAUUUAGUGAUCAAUUGGUUUACGGGUUGUCGACAAUGAAUUGAUAGUUAGCUGAAGACAACACGAGAGACAAUGUCUGAAACGAGUCAAACAAAUGUGGACUAUUUGCUCGAGAAGUUUACCAUAACUGAGAUAAUAGACAUCCAAAACAAACUCAAGACAGACAUCGACCGCAAGAAACAAGAACUCAAACAAUUAGUCGGUGAACGAUAUGGCGAUCUCAUCGAAGCCGUCGAUACCAUCAAACAGAUGAACCAAAGCGUUGAUAAUGUCCUCAACUCUUUGCAAUCGCUGGCCAGCAGUCAAUCAAAUCAUAUGUUGUCUUUGAAACAGAGCUCAUUUGAUAAGACCAAUGGUUUUGAUGAACAGCACUCCCGAAGAAGUGUUGAUUUAGUCAAGAGAUACAAAUGUGGAGUUAUUUUGAAACUUGUGAUUGAAAUGCCAUUAAAUAUUUGGACGUCUCUUGAGAAGGAGGAUCUGUUGCGCUCCACUUAUGAUUACUUUUAUGGACAACAUUUGUGUCAACUCUUUGAACAAUUAGUUCCGGCGAAUGAAACGCCGAAUCUAUUAAAACAGUACAAAACAGCUAUCAAUCGAUUCAAUGAAGUGAUUGUGAAGAAGUGCUGGCAUUUCGACCAAAAGAGUUCAUUAAUGGAUACAUUGGAUGAGUCGACAAAUGCUGAUAUUUUUUGCUGUUUACUUGUGUUGCAAAACUUGAAUCCAAAUAAUCUCUUCGAUACAGUUCUGGAGAAACGAAAGUCUGACGAAGGAAAAACAGUCACCUCUAAGAUCGAAGUGCCGCUUCAGAUGUCAUCAUUUCUUCACAACAAUUUCACGCAAUUGUCUAAUGAAGUGAAUCGUUUGACUGGACAUACAGUUCCCAGAGUAGUGGUUAUCGACACACUCUCCACAUUAAGCCAACAUUUAAAUCAACUCUACGGCAGUGCGUGUGACGGCCUGUCCGGACACGAGUACCCAAAGAGUAUCAAACAAGUGAUUGCUCUGCAAUUGUAUUUCGAUCUCUUGUAUUUCAAACAAUUGUUGGCCACCACUCGCGACGAGUCCAUCAAAAGCAAACAAGUGGUCAAAAUU